CGAAUACCACUCGAUGAAAACAGACCUCUACCUUUUCUGAACUCUUCAACAUCUGACAAUGCAGCUUUGGAUACUAACUCUCGUCUGCAAAGCUGUCUCCGGUGUAAGCCGUAUUUCUGAGCUAGACUGGGAUGCCACAAACUUUGCUAAGGCAGUAGAGGGGAAAAAGCUAAAUGGAAGCGUCAUAAAAGAAAUCGAGGUGAAUUCUGAAACCGUUUGCCAGUUUGAGUGCGUCAGAGAAGCACGAUGUAAGUCUUAUAACUUUAGAAAAACGAAAACUAAUGGGGAGAACUUCAAGUGCCAGCUGAGCGACUCUGAUCGAUUUUCUGGGAUUGUUAAUUUCACCGAAGAUGAAGACUUUAUUUACCGAGGACCACAGAGUGCUUGUGAAGAGAACAUUUCCCUGUGCAGCGACAAAGGAGUAUGCAUUCCCAACUACAAGGACGGCACAAUAAGAUGCAAUUGUGACGAUGGCUAUUCAGGAAAACCAUGCCGGCCCAAGAGCUGUACGCAACUGCUACAAGAUGGUUAUAAUUCCAGUGGCGAAUACACCAUUAAUCCAGAUGGCGGCAAACCAAUUCAAGUGUUAUGUGACAUGGAUACCGAUGGUGGGGGUUGGACCGUUUUUCAGAGACGUUUGGAUGGCUCCGUUGACUUCUAUCUUGGAUGGGAAUCCUACAAAAGAGGAUUUGGAAAUCUGAACAGAGAGUUCUGGCUCGGAAACGACAAUCUUCACCGUUUGACUGCUGCUGAAGACGUCAAGCUCAGAGUUGACCUGGAAGACUUUGAUGGAAACAUCAAGUACGCUGAGUACACGACUUUUAAGGUGGCAAGUGAGGCAGAUAAAUACAGGCUUUUGAUUGGAGGAUACAGUGGCACGGCUGGUGACGCUAUGACCAAUAGACAUAAUAAUAUGCAAUUUACUACGAAAGAUCAUGAUAAUGAUAGACGUGGUAACAACUGCGCUCAAGUCUUCAAGGGUGCGUGGUGGUACAAGACCUGUCACACAUCCAAUCUGAACGGAUUGUACCUCAAUGGUGCACAUGCUUCCUAUGCUGAUGGAGUCAACUGGUUUUAUUUUAAAGGCCAUUACUAUUCACUAAAACGAACUGAGAUGAAAUUCAAAAGCAAAAAAUAAACUUCCUUUCGACAAAUUAACGAUUACUCUGUG